AUGCAGCGGGACCCCCGGGGCCGUCCCUCCCCCGUCCACGGGACGCUGCCCGUCCUGCGCUGGCUCCCGCGCUAUUCUCUGGCCUGGCUGCAGCUCGACCUGAUCGCCGGCCUGACCGUGGGGCUCACCGUCGUGCCGCAGGCGUCGGCGUACGCCGAGGUGGCCGGGCUGCCUCUCCAGUAUGGCCUCUAUUCUUCCUUCAUGGGCUGCUUUGUCUACUGCUUCCUGGGCACCGCCAAGGACGUGACGCUGGGUCCCACAGCCAUCAUGUCGCUGCUUGUCUCUUCUUACACGUUCCAUGAGCCUGUCUAUGCCAUCUUGCUCGCCUUCCUCUCCGGCUGCAUCCAGCUGGCCAUGGGACUCCUGCACCUCGGUUUCCUUCUGGAUUUCAUUUCCUGCCCAGUCAUUAAAGGGUUUACAUCGGCUGCUUCCAUCACCAUUAGCUUCAACCAGAUCAAGAACAUCCUGGGACUGCAGGGGAUCCCUCGGCAGUUUUUCCUGCAGGUGUAUGAGACGCUGCGGAGGAUCAGGGAGACCAGGGCUGGGGACGCCAUCCUGGGGCUGGCCUGCCUGGCUGCUCUGGCAGGGCUCCGGGCGAUGAAGAGCCGCCUGCCCCAAGGUGCCUGCGUGGAGCCGCUAGCUGCCAGGGUCAGCUACCUGAUCGUCUGGACCUCCGCCACGGCACGCAACGCCCUUGUGGUCCUGUUUGCUGGCCUGGUUGCUUACUCCUUCCAGGUGAUGGGCUCCCAGCCGUUCACGCUCACCGGCAGCAUCCCCCGGGGCCUCCCUGCCUUCCAGCUGCCGCGCUUCUCCAUGGCUGCACCCAACGGCACCAUCCCCUUCAGGAGCAUGGUGGAGGACAUGGGGGUCGGGCUGGCCGUGGUCCCGCUCAUGGGCCUGCUGGAGACCGUUGCGAUUGCCAAGGCUUUUGCCUCGCAGAACGAUUACAGGAUUGACCCCAACCAGGAGCUGCUGGCUAUGGGCUUCGCCAACAUCCUGGGCUCCUUCGUCUCAUCGUAUCCCAUCACGGGCAGCUUUGGCCGGACAGCAGUGAACGCGCAAUCGGGCGUCUGCACCCCCGCAGGAGGGCUCGUCACAGGCACCCUGGUCCUGCUCUCGCUAGCAUACCUCACCUCGCUCUUCUACUACAUCCCCAAAGCAGCGCUGGCCGCCGUCAUCAUCUCAGCUGUGGUCCCGUUGUUUGAUGCUGGGAUCUUCAGGACACUCUGGCGGGUUAAGAGGCUGGACCUGGUGCCCCUCUGCGUGACGUUCCUGCUCUGCUUCUGGGAGGUCCAGUACGGCAUCGUGGCCGGCGUGCUGGUCUCAGGGAUUCUCCUCCUCUACUCCAUCGCCAGGCCCCCAAUAAAGGUGUCGGAGGGGAAUGUGCUCCUCCUGCAGCCGGGGAGCAGCCUGCACUUCCCAGCCAUCGAGUGCCUCCGGGACGCCGUUUGCAGCCAUGCCCUGGCAGCAUCUCCGCCCCGCUGCAUCAUCCUGGACUGUCGCCACAUCAGCAGCAUUGAUUACACGGUGGUGGUGGGGCUGGCAGAGCUGCUGCAGGAGCUGCGCAAGCAUGGCCUCUCGCUGGCCUUCUGCAGCCUGCAGGACCCUGUUCUCCAAGUCCUGCUGUCUGCAGACUUAGAAGGAUUCCAGCAUUUCCCCAGCUGGGAGGAGGCAGAGCGGUGUGGAGGAGCGGAUCCAGGGGGCGGCGGGGCAGCCCCCUUCACCAGCACCAGCGAGAGCUCGCUGCUGCCUGCGGGGCUCAUCCAGUGAGUCAAGGAGCCGCCUGGGACCUCCUCAGGGGCAGCGUCGCCUUGCCGUCUCCUUGCCUCCAAUUAUGCCAGGGCUGUAUGUCCUGUGCGGUGCAGAGCGGUGGCUGUGACAUCCUGGUGACAUCCGACCAACACCCUCCACGGGAGCCGCCUGCCCCUGUCCUGCCUCCUGGGCGGCUGGUGGGAUGCCUGUCGGGGCUGGGACCGCCCCGGUGUCCCACACAGGGGAGGGCAGAGCAAGGCCAAGGACAGAUGGUCCGUGGAAGGGAUUAGUGGGGCAAACCCAUUCCCUAUCACGGUCAUCAGGAAAAAGCCAUCCCUCCUCCAGGCCUUCCCCAUCCUCGAAGCUGCUGUCUUUUUUAAAUCAGCUGUUUUAAUUCUGGAGACUUUUCUUAUUGUCCUGGUUUCCACUGGGACAGAGUUAAUUUUCUUCCUAGUAGCUGGUAUAGUGCUGUGUUUUGGAUUUAGGAUGAGAAUA